UCACAUAUAGGACAGAAUGCAUAGAUUUUAUCGAAGUUAGUGCAUUGAUAGUACAGGAAGAGCCACAACUAAUAUUAUAUUCGUAUAAGAUUUGAACCUUAUAAAUUGCUUCAUUUUCAAUUCCUCGACAAUCCAAAUUCUGCAAUGGCACAACAAUAUUCAGGCGCCGACCACCAGCUUCACUUUGUGAUGAUACCGUUGAUGUGUCCGGGACACAUUAUUCCCAUGGCUGACAUGGCUAGGCUGCUGGCACAACGUGGUGUUAUCAUCACCAUUAUCACAACAACCUUAAAUGCCGUUCGAAUCAAGCCGAUCAUCAGUCGUGCCAUUGAAUCUGGGCUCCCAAUCCGACUUGUCCAGCUCCCGUUACAACUCCAUGAGGUGGGCUUGCCGGAGGGAUGUGAAAGUAUCGAUUCAAUCCCUUCACGCGACUUGUUUGGGAACUUCUUUACUGCUGUUAAUAAGCUGCAACAACCGCUGGAAGAAUUACUUGAAGACAUGGAAUCGAGUCCGAGCUGCAUAUUGGCUGACAAGAAUCUUCCUUGGACAGCUGAGGUUGCUGGAAAGUUUAACAUACCAAUACUUUUAUUUGAUGGCACAAGUUGUUUCAAUCUCUUGUGCUGUCAAAGUUUGCACGCAUCUAAGGUCCACGUGAGUGCCUCCGAUUCAAAACCCUUUGUAGUGCCAGGUUUACCUGAAAGAAUUGAGUUAACUAAAGCACAACUACCAUCGAGCUUGAAUCCCUCCAUGCAAGACAAUUUUAAAGAUCUUCAUGCAAAGAUAAGAGCAUCUGAAGAAGGAGCUUAUGGAAUAGUGAUCAACAGCUUUGAGGAGUUGGAAUCAGCAUAUGUCAAGGAGUAUUGCAAGGCAAAAGGAGAUGAUAAAGUUUGGUGUAUUGGGCCGGUUUCACUGUCCAACAAGACGGACUUGGAGAAGGCUCAGAGAGGUAACAAGUCCUCCAUUGACGAAAACAAGUGCUUGAAGUGGCUUGAUUCGUGGCCUGAGAAUUCUGUUGUUUAUGCUUGUCUUGGAACCCUUUGCCGCCUCACACCAUUACAACUAAUAGAGCUUGGUCUAGGCUUGGAAGCUUCCAAUAGGCCAUUUCUCUGGGUCAUUAGAGGAGGUAAUGGAAAAGAAGAGCUGGAGAAGUGGAUAUUAGAGAAUGGUUUUGGAGAAAGAACUAAAGGGAGAGGCCUCUUGAUCAGGGGCUGGGCUCCUCAAGUGCUGAUCUUGUCACACCCUGCAAUCGGAGGGUUUUUGACCCAUUGCGGCUGGAAUUCAACGCUAGAAGCGGUUUGUGCUGGCGUGCCAAUGGUGACAUGGCCUCUUUUUGCUGAUCAGUUUUUUAAUGAGAAGUUGGUUGUGCAAGUUUUGAAUAUUGGUGAGAGUGUAGGGAAUGAGAUAGCUGUCCCCGUGGGGGAGGAUGGGAAGUCUGGAGUCUUAGUGAAGAGGGAGAAAGUUAGAGAAGCUAUACAAAAGAUAAUGGCUGAAGGAACAGAAAUGGAAGAGAGAAGAGAACGAGUAAGAAAGCUUGCAGAGGUGGCAAGGGAGGCAACAGAACAAGGCGGAUCUUCAUUCCUUAACAUUACAUUGUUAAUCGAAGAUAUAAGGAAACUGGGCAUGAUGGGCAUUCAAGCUUAAAGUAGUAUUCACCUUAAUCGAUAUGGGAAAAUGAUACUUAGUCUUAUGUUUUUGCAUUCAAGGUAUCGUUUGAAUAUUUUAAUUGUUUGUUAAUGAUUAAGAAAGUGAAUGGUAAUGAAGUUGUAAUUUUUUUUUCC